AUGGCUAAGAGUAAUUGGAGGAAGAAUCCGCAGAGGCGUCGCCAAGGGCUUGGAAAUGGUCUGAGUUCCAUCGGAGCUCAUAAUUCCUGGGCGGGUGGUGUUGAUCGGAAAAGGAAGAGAAAGCAGCACGACCAGCAGUUUUUUAUGACUGCCAAAGAUUACAGUCUGCGGCUUCAAGAGGUUUUAUACACUCCCGAGUACAUUUUCACUAAGAUUUUCCGGAAGGAUGGUCCAGCGCUUGGUGAUCAGUUUGAUUCUCUUCCUUCCGAUGCUUAUCCCAGUGAUCCCAGAAAGUCUCGUCACGAGGAGAGCAGAGAAGCGAAUAAAAGAAGAAAGACUUGUUUAAACUUCCAAGCUUGUUCUGAGAACAUUUCACCAAUCAGGCAUGGUAUUGGGAAAGGCCUAGUGACGGCAAAGGGUGCUCCAGUAAAGAAACAUGGCAUGGGCAAAGGUUUGAUGACUCAAAUUGGUGUACCUGGGAAAACACAUGGAAUAGGGAAAGGUCUGAUGACGGUUAGGCCACAGGCAUAUCCUGAUGCUAGUGAUUUUCCUGGUUAUUGCACUGAGAGCACCACCCAGAAGAAGAAAAGAGAAAAGCCGCGAGAAUCAAUUCAGAGAAAAUUGGCAAACAAAGAACUGGCUAAGAGGAAGACUUCACUAAGAAGUAGAAGGGUUGAAUGCCAGAAAGUUCAGAAGCAGAAGAAGCCUCAUAAAGAAAAAUGCCCACUUGCUCUUGAAGAUAUGCGAUGUCUAGAAAACACAGAAAUCAUGAUAUUACAGGAUGAUGAGGAAUUGGAGCUGACAGAAUUACAAGCAGGAUCGAAUUCGUUAACUUGUUCUGCUCAUUUGGUGACCAGUGGUUCUAACGGUUGCUCCCUUUGCAAAGACCUGCUUGCCAAGUUCCCUCCAAAUUCUGUCUCAAUGAGGCAGCCAUUGUCUGUGCAACCUUGGGCUUCCUCGCCAGAGCUAGUGAACAAACUUUUUAAGGCAUUUCACUUCCUUUGUACAUAUGCUGUAACAUUGAGUGUAUCUUCGUUCACCUUUGAUGAGUUUGUGCAAGCAUUUCAUGAUAAGGUAUCAUUGUUGCUUGGGCAAGUCCAUGUGUCCCUUCUCAGGGUACUCUUGUCAGAUGUCGACAAGGAGCUGAAUAGGGGACUUAACUCGCAUGCAAUAAAAAAUUGCAAAUUUUUGUGCUUGCUUCAUUCGAUUGAACAUCAGCGCGUCGUUACGGAGUUAUGGCAGAAAUCACUUAACCUACUAACAUGGACAGAAAUACUACAUCAAGUGUUGGCUGCAGCUGGCUUUGGUUCUAAGCUUGGUAAGAUGGAGAAGGCAGGAUACAACAAGGAAGCCAAUCUUAUGGAUAAGUAUGGGCUUCUUCCUGGUACGCUGAAGGGAGAACUAUUCAGUAUUUUAUUGCCCCAAGGAAAUGGUGGAAUGGAAGUAUCAGAGUUGGCAAGAUCUUCAUCUAUUGUUGAGUUGAAUCUCACUGAUAAAGUCCACGACCUGGAGAAUUUAAUCACCUCAGCUCUCUCUGGUGACAUAACAUUGUUUGAGAAGAUUUCCUGCUGUGGAUAUCGUUUAAGGAUCCAUGCAACUGAAAAUGAAUGUGAAGACUAUCCUUCUGAUUCAGAAGACUUUGGGAGCGGAGAUGACAUUUCUGAAGUCACUGGCGGAGACGAUACAAAUGACUCUGUCUACGAGUCCAGAGAUUCCAGUACGUUGAAAACUGAUGUUGGUAAAUCUGAUGAUAUUCUGACAGUAAGUGAUGAAAUUGAUGAGAGCCAUCCAGGAGAAGCAUGGUUGUUAGGACUUGUGGAGAGUGAAUAUUCAGAUUUAAAUGUUGAUGAGAAGCUCAGUGCAUUAGUUGCAUUGAUUGAUCUACUUCAUGGCGGAUCCAGUAUCAGGAUGGAGGAUAUCAUGAUAUCGAAUGAGGAAUUUGCUCCAAAUAUUAGUCAGUAUGGUUCUGGUGCAAAAAUAAAAAGAUCAAUGGCGAAUUGUUAUAACUUGCUCGCACAACCAGAAAGCUAUGGUGGGCAAAGGUUUACUGGACUGGACAUAAAUUCACCAGAACCAAUUGAUUCAUUGGUUGUCAUGUCAAAGAUUGGUGAAGAAGAGAAGCAUGCCAACAUGAGAAAGAUUGCCGAACAAAUGGAAGCAGAGGAGUGCUUACAUUCUAUGCAGUCUGUAUAUCUGGGUUCCGAUCGAAGAUACAAUAGGUACUGGUUAUUCUUGGGUCCUUGUGAUGAAUCUGAUCCUGGGCAUCGGAGAGUUUACUUUGAAUCUUCUGAAGACGGUCACUGGGAGAUGAUUGACACUAAAGAGGCUUUGUGUCAAUUAUUGUCAAUUCUGGACCGUCGGGGUGCCAGAGAGGCUCGCCUUAUAGUGUCCUUAGAAAAAAGAGAAGCCAUUCUUAGCCAAACGAUGUCCAAUAUUCAAAGUGAUGUUGAAAAUAGGCAGCUCCAGCCAGCUCAUUUUGAAUUAAGUGCUUCUAGGGAUGAUAGUUCCUCACCAGUGUCUGAUGUAGAUAAUCUAUCCAGCUCGAUUGAAAUGCAAAAUGAAUCACCAUCUUCUACUGGCGCGAUAGUUGUCGAAGCAUGGAAGAAAGGGGAGCGGAUGGCAGAAACCCAUUCUCAUGCGUUCGAUGCUGGAAUAUGGAGGUCUUUUUACUAUGAACUCAAUUCUGUUAAGCAUGGAAACAAGACAUAUCUUGACUCACUCAGAAGAUGUGAUCAGUGUCAGGACCUCUAUUGGAAAGAUGAAAAGCAUUGUAGAUUGUGCCACACUACAUUUGAGCUUGGAUUUGACUUGGAAGAAAAUUACGCUGUUCAUUCUGCAGUCUGUCGCGCCAAUAUUAAUAUUACUGGAAAACGAAAGCAAAAGGUUUUAUCUUCCCAAUUGCAAGCACUUAAAGCUGCUGUAUAUGCUGUAGAGUCAGCUAUUCCUGACGAUGCAUUUUUGGGGUCUUGGAAAAAAUCUGGAAAUCUAUGGGUCAAUAGAUUACGACGUGCCUCCAAUUUGACAGAGUAUCUACAGGUCUUAUCUGAUUUUGUUACUGCCCUCAAUGAAGAUUGUCGCGCUGUGGUUGGUAAAACUGGAUAUUUUGGUUGCCUCUCGGGUGGAAAGGAAUUCUUGAAAGUAUUCCCAUAUGGUUGGCUGGUUGCAAGGUACCCUGCUGCAUUUGCAAGAAAUUUAAUAUAUAAACGAGAAGAAAGCAAGAAAUGUGGACCUUGUGAAGAUUUUGGAGCGAUCAAUUUAGCAAACUAA